UACUACUUUACCUAAGUGAUCUUCGUACCUUAUCAUCUUCUAGCUCUUUCAAAAGGAUCUGGGUAUUUUCCAAUUGUUAGUUUCAUGGAAUACUUAGUUGAAACUGUGAUAUAAAUCCUUAAGCUAUUAUAACUUCCAAAUAAGUAAUCUUUCAAAAUGGGCGGUCGAAUUGAUUUGUACAUUGACAUCGCGUCACUGUACAGCUACAUCGUACUCAUCCAAGUCCUAAAGACACAGGACCUUCUAAAACAGCACUCUGUAGAAGUCGAUAUCCACCCAGUCCUCCUAGGCGCCAUCAACGCGGGCUCCGGCAACAAACCCCCCUGGACUUUGAAAGCUAAAGCCCAAUUCGGAUCCUUCGACUCGCAACGCUCCCUCCGAGCCGUCGGCCUAUCCAACGUCUCACCACCAGGCGACCUCUUCGAAGCCGGGCGUACACAACUCGCCUUACGCGCCCUCCACCACGUAAAGCAGAAUUUCCCAACUUCUACUUACUUGGCUACAUGGCGCGCCUUCCUACACGCAUUCUGGACAUUACAUCGUCCGCCUAUUAACCCCGAAGCCUUGCGCGCAGCGCUAGAAGGCGCUAUUCCGGUAGAUGCAUACUCCGCCGAUGGCACGCCUGAAACGGGAGCGAAGAAAUUGUUUAGCGCUGCGGAGGUAGAGCAGAUCUUGAAAGCGGCUAGUUCGAAUGAGUAUAAAGAUGUACUCCGCGCCUCAACCGAUGAAGCGCUGAAGCGUGGCGCCUUUGGUUCGCCGUGGUUGUGGGUUACGAACGAGGCGACGGGGAAGAGUGAGCCGUUUUUUGGGAGUGACCGGUGGAGUCAUGUAUAUGAGUUCCUUGGUUUGCCGUAUCAAGAUGUUGCGCUGUUACCUCCUGGUGCGGAGAAAGCUAAGCUGUGAGUUUGAGUUGAGGAUGAGAGGACACAACAUCCAUGAUUUAGUUUAUAUAUGUAGACAAUGGGGUACAAUAACACACGGAAUGAGUGAAAGAGUGAAAG